AACUUACUCGGAGCUGCCAUGUGGUGGUCGUAUAAGUGAACUUACCUUGUUUUAGUAUUAUUUACAUCCAAUAAUGAUGACUGUUCACUAGGGUUUCUAAAUAUGUCUGCCAGAUAUUCCAUGUAUUUUCUCAAUUAAAAUAUUAAGUAAUAGUUUUAGAUCAAUCAUGCCACACUGCAUGUUUGCAAAAACAUCGAAUAAAUGUCACAUAAAUACAAAUUUGGCGUAUGUGUGUUUUUCACUUUGACUCAGAGCUGGCAUCUGCUGGUCAUAUAAGUGAGUUGAAUCAUGUAGUUUGACAUUUCGCCACAAGACGGCGUAAAAAUGAGAAGAUCAAGCGGUGGAUGGGCUGAAACCAAUUCUCCAUGUGACCUAAAUUAUCCACACAAAAAAAGGAAAUAAUUAUUAGUCUGUGCCGGAAGCACGUUGCAUGACGUAAGCGUUCUUCUGUCCAAUCGGAACGCGUCUUUUUGACAGCGUCACCCAAACAGCAUGGCGGCGUCCGUACAGCGUUUCGGCGCAGCAGGGAGACACUUUAUAAAGAAUUUAUUGAACCCAAGAACCUUUAACAGGACCAGAUCCACUCAGGCUGUCAGUCAGGUGGAUUUAAAUGUACCUGAGACGAAGGUCACGAACCUUGAUAACGGGCUCAGGGUGGCAUCUGAAGACUCUGGUCUGAUCACAUGCACGGUGAGUUCAGCAUCAGCUCAGGUGGCUGAGGAAUCUGAUGAUCGAACAUUAAAAUUAGGUAAUAAUAAUAACAGAAAAGCCAUAAAGUACUACGCUAAAGCUUUCUCCAAAGAUCUGCCCAGAGCGGUGGAAAUCCUUGCGGACAUCAUUCAGAACAGCACGCUGGGAGAGGCCGAGAUCGAGCGCGAGCGUGGCGUCAUUCUCCGAGAGAUGCAGGAAGUGGAGACCAACCUGCAGGAAGUGGUCUUCGAUUACCUGCACGCUACAGCCUAUCAGGAAACACCUCUCGGGAGAACCAUCCUGGGGCCUACGGAGAACAUCAAAACUAUAAAUCGAGGGGAUCUGGUGGAAUACAUCACAACACACUACAAGGGCCCGAGGAUUGUAUUAGCUGCAGCCGGAGGCGUGUCGCAUAAUGAGCUCAUCGAUUUGGCUAAAUAUCAUUUUGGAAAGCUGCCGGCUAGAUACAGCGGAGAGACUUUACUGCCCUGCCAUUUCACCGGCAGUGAGAUCCGCGUGCGAGAUGAUAAGAUGCCUCUGGCUCAUAUAGCCAUCGCCGUGGAGGCCGUCGGCUGGUCGCAUCCAGACACUAUCCCGCUCAUGGUGGCCAACACGCUCAUCGGGAACUGGGAUCGCUCGCUCGGUGGCGGGAUGAACUUGUCCGGUAAGCUGGCCCAGAUGGCGUGUCAGGGGAACCUGUGCCACAGCUUCCAGUCCUUCAACACCUGCUACACCGACACGGGCCUGUGGGGGCUUUACAUGGUGUGCGAACCGGGAACCGUCAGCGACAUGAUGCGCUUCACGCAGCUGGAAUGGAUGUCUCUGUGUACGAGCGUGACUGAAAGCGAGGUGAACCGAGCCAAAAACCUGCUGAAGACAAACAUGCUGCUUCACCUGGACGGAUCCACUCCCAUCUGUGAGGACAUCGGCCGGCAGAUGCUGUGUUACAGCCGCAGGAUUCCUCUGCACGAGCUGGAGGCCAGAAUAGAUGCCAUAGACGCCACAACCAUCAAAGACGUGUGUAUGAAAUACAUCUAUAAUAAAGCUCCUGCUAUAGCAGCUGUUGGUCCGAUCGAGCAGCUCCCGGACUAUAACAGCAUCCGCGGCGGCAUGCAUUGGUUUCGGCCGUGAGGAAGUGAAGCAGCACAG